AUGCGUGAAAAGGCCAACAUGCGCGACACGUUUUUCGGUCUCAAGAGUGAGCCUCAGAGACCAAGCUCAGUGGCAACCGAGUUCAUGGACAUGGAAUGGGACGAUGAAGUGCUCAGCGAACUUGAAGACAACUCACCAAGGAUAAGCGUCAACUCGUCUGGUGGCCAACCAAGUAUUACUACUCUUUCGUCUUACGAUGAGGUGCCAACGCCGAGAUCAAGUCAAGAUCGUGGCGUAUACGCCGAGACUUUGUCAUCACAAAAGCCAAUUGAAGGGCCUUCCGGUCCGCAUCUGUUUCAUUCCUCGGCCUCGAGCUACUUCGACGAGGCCAUCCUGACCCUGUCGCCUAUUACACCAAAGACAGCGCGGCCAUUUGACGAUUUCCGAUACACCAAGCUGCCACCACCGCCAGUGCCAAGACAGCCCAACGCACCUUUCCAGUUUACCUACGAAGAGUUUCGGUCAAGAGAGCUUGUCUCGUGGACCCCGGAGAUGGUGGCGCAGUCGAUGCUUGAUGCUGGCAUUGAGCUCUCGGUCGCCGGCCGCUUUGUGGAGAACGACAUCAACGGCCCUAUCUUGAUCACGUUGAAGUUUGAGGACCUGAAAGAGCUCGACAUUCCGUCGUUUGGUAUGCGGACAAGGGUAUGGAACCAGAUUCAGCUUCUCCGAGACAGCAGGCCAAGCUCUAUGCGCGCACCGACGCCCAUUCAAGAUGAACCGAGUCGUGAGGUCAAGAAGGAGGCCCGCGAGAUGAGAGCGGCGGAGCGCCAGGCGGAUGAUUGCAGUCUGAAGCGUAGGAAGAGCAGCAGGAGAAGGCAGAAGAAGACGUCUCACGACGAUAUCAUCACUCCCAUGGAAUCGGUGUCCAUUGUCGGCAUUGAGCAAGUCGUUCCCAAGCCGCACGUCUGCCCCAAAGGAGACAACUGCUCUCGGUACAAGAAGCAACAGCGUCUCAUCGAGGCGUUUAGAAAGGAGCACCCUUUCGUCGAUAUGGAGAAGGAGACGGUUGUCAUUACUGGCAACCCCGGCAACCCUGAGACUGCCAGAGCUCUUACUCCCAAAGAGAUCCUCCGCCCUAUCUCGGACGCCGUGCCAUCAGUCGUUGCAUCUUCUGAUGUCUUGGGUCCCGGCAACGCCACGCCAAUGCAGUACCUGCAGGAGGCUACCCUUCGCAACGUUGUCGCAAGAGAUCCCCAAGACAACGUGAGACAGUUCCUCGACUUCCAGAAGCGUCAGAGCAACACUGUCCCUCCUACUCCUCCGUUCGAGAUGGGCGCUCCCUCGAUGAAGCCUCAGCCUGAGGGUCUUCGUCGACUGCCAAAGCUGUCCAUUCCGGGCAAGCAGGCUCCGAUGCGCCCCAGCACCCUCAGAGCCUCUACCGUCCCUCCCGUAACUCAACCCGAGAAGCGCCAGACCUCUCCCCAGAUGCAGCAGCAAGGCUUCGUCCCGUACGUCAUGGACAGAGCUGAGGCUAUGUCUCCUGACUUGCAGAGCCCCGUCAACCCUUACCGCUUUGGUACUCCCUUCUCCGAGAUGGAUGUUCCUGUCACCGCGAUUCCCAUGGACCGCGUGGCUCGCGAUGUCUCUCAGUCUGUUCCUCCUGAGAUGAACUACCGCACAGGCACUUCUAAGCAGCAGCCCCCUGUCCGCACUCAGUCCCGCGCCUCUGCUCGCCGCCCGUCAUUCCCUGUCAUGCCUGCUUUGGACGAGAACACACCAACUCCUAUUGCACGUGUCUCUCCAAACCGCGCCUCUCCCCGUUCUCCUCGCUCUUCCACUCGCACACAGCCUCUUCAAGCCCCUCCUCGCGUCAACUACCCCUGGUCGCCGAUCGAGCGCACCACCCCUUUCGAGCAAGCCAUUCCUCCCAUCUCCCACCUCGCAGGUGCCGUCCCCGUCAGGCAGGCCGCCGAAGCAGCUCAGCAAGAUGGCGUUACCUUCCAAGGCCCCAUGAAGAAGCGCAAGACCAAGAUGCUCCGUCACGAGUGGAACGACACCUUCUGCACUCUGAAGGGCACUCGUCUGGCCGUCCACAAGGACGAGCGCACCGUCGACCGUACCCUCGAGUACGUCGAUAUUGACGACUACGCCAUCGCCUGCUCCAGCCUGGCUUCCCAGAGCAAGCUCUCCGCAGCCUUCCGCGCCGUCCACUUCUCCUCUCACUCCCGCGAGAAGAGCGACCCCGUCGCAGCCUUCAGCUUCCAGCUCAUCCCUCAGGACAAGGAUGCCGCCAAGCUGCGCAAGCGCAGCAGCGCCCUCCACGGCUUCACCCACAACCACUCCAACUCUACGUCCUCUAUCCCUGCCGAGGGCGCCAACGGCACUGGCAAGACGCAUCACUUUGCUGUCAAGAGCCGCGACGACCGCAUCGACUGGAUGCGUGAGUUGAUGCUCGCCAAGGCCAUGAGGCAGAAGGGUGACGGCUUCGAGGUCAGCGUCAAUGGCAACAUGAUCUGA